UGACCGCGUACGUUCCGCGUUAUUAUGGCUCUGGUUCCCACCACAUAUCGAGAUCUUUCGCGAGAAUUCGACAGACAGUUACCAAUCCGACGUCUGUAUCAACCUCAUGAUUUCCAGCUCUAUCCCUAUCUUUGGGAUGACCCGCGUGUCUGGUGGCCGAAUCAAAGUGACUCUCUACGCCCUUUGGAUGAGCUUGUAACACGCCGAGUUAGAAAUCAAUUGAUACAAUCAACUUCUCCCUAUGAGUGGGCGUAUCCCAUGCGCUGGGAUAACUACUAUUCAGGAGAACGUGUACAUGUAGAUGAAAAGGGCUUUCGCAUUGACAUUGAUGUAAGGCAAUUUCGCCCACACGAAAUUGUAGUGAAGACCAACGAUGAUUAUAUCAUAGUCCAGGGCAAUCACAGCAAACGGAAUGAAGGCCCAAAUGGUUUAGUAGAGCGACAUUUUGUGCGUAAAUAUCUAUUGCCCAGGGGCUACAAUGCGAACGAAGUGAUCUCCGACAUAUCUAGCGACGGCAUUCUAACCAUAAAGGCACCACCGCCGCCGCCAGCUAAAUACUACACUCCUGGAGAGCGUCUGGUGCGUGUGCAUGAGACAGGAAAAUUGGCCCUUCCUUGGAAAUAGCUCGCAGUGUUUUCAUACAUAUGUAUGUACAUAUAUGCCCAGUGACAAGUUGCAAACUAGAGGGGGAGAAAAAAAAGAAAUCAAAAUCAAGGUCAACUAUUUUGGUAUCCCCCAAAGCAAGUGCAACGGGCUAACGAAAUUUAAAUUGGAAAUUAAAAAUGCGCAAUAAAUAUACAUACAUACAAAUUGUAUGCCCAUAUAGAAAUAA